AUGAACAAGAGUUUGGCAUUUGCUAGCACUAGCCACGACAUACGUACAUCUCUUGCAGGCAUUAUUGGAUUGGUGGGAAUUUGCCUUGCUGAUGCACCUCGAGUUUCCGAGCUACAUUCAAAUAUGCAACAAAUUAAUACUCGUGUAACAAAAUUUCUUGGGAUACUAAACUCUGUCCUUGACAUAAGCAAAAUUGAAGCAGGAAAAAUGCAACCAGAAGAAGUGCGUCUUUUGGGUGGUGAGAUCAAAAUCAUGGAUAAAACUUCUACUGAAAAAGGAAUUUGUUUCAGAUUCAACAUUCUUCUGAAAUCAUGCAAACCAAGUGAUGCAAAUGUGGAUGAUGAAUCAAGAGCUGAAAGGUCGAGUUCAUUGCCAACCAACACAAUCAUCAUUAAGGAUUCUGCAAAUUCUCAGAUUGUGCAAUCUACUAUUUUAAGUAUGGGAUUUAGAAAGGGUUUAGCAAGUGAUAGCAUUCAUGCCAUACUUUUUGUUCAAGGUGAUGAAAAUACACGAAUAAUGCAAAGAUGGAUGGAAAUCUCAGGAGUAGAAGUGUGGGUGAUUGAUCAUUGGAGGCUUAUUUAUUCCAUCACAGAGAAAAUUAAGAAUAGACUUGGUUGUUUAGGGAGAUCUAAGUCAAGGUCACUUGCAAGUUUGUUGACCACGGCAGCUGAAUUCUCACACUCAAAAGAUAAGUUUCUACCUCUCUCCGAUAUAGAGUUCAAGACUAGCUCAAAAGACUACACAAGUAGUUGUGUGUUAAUUGUCAUUGAUUUCAGUCAUGGGAAUUUUCCAGAGAUUGAAUUAACUUUGAAGACAUUGAUAACUGACAAUGAAUCUCUCCACUUCAAGAUUGUUUGGUUGGUUAACUCCAAUGCUCCUACUAAUGGAUUAAGAAGAUCUAAACACGUGUCAUGCCACCUCAUAUUGCAAAAGUCAAUCCAUGGAUCCCGCCGAUAUGCACUCUCGAGACUUAUACAAGAUUUUGGGAGAGAAAGUGAACAUGAUUUGCAUAAAAUGCCUAGUUAUAUGGAAAGUAACAAAUUUGCAUCAAAUUCUUCAUCUUUCCAAUGUAGUAGCCAUGAAGUGUUUUCAUCAAGUCUAAAUUUGGAGCAUAAGCCGUUAAACGGCAUGAACAUAUUCCUUGCGGAGGAUGUACCUAUACUGCAGCAAGUGGCUACAAAAUUAAUUUCUCGCCUUGGUGCGAGUGUUACUUCUUGUGAAAAUGGGUUGAAUGCUUUGGAUUUAAUUCGAGAUGCUUUAAGGAAAUUAGAUUCCACGCAUGAAGGUAAUGCAAGUAAUGAUUCAAAGGGCUUUCCUUAUGAUGCUAUUCUUAUGGAUUGUGAGAUGCCAUUUAUGAAUGGUUAUGAAGCAACAAGGCUUAUUCGCGAAGAAGAAAGAAAUUAUAGCCUCCGAAUUCCAAUUAUUGCUCUUACGGCCCAUGUUUCACCUGAGGAAGAAAGAAAGACAGCACUAGCAGAAAUGAAUUUCCAUUUGACAAAGCCAUUACAAGCCAAUCAAUUACUUCAUGUCAUCAACACUGUUAUAAAGGAAUCAAUCUGA